CCUAGAGGCACACUUGAGACUAAACCAAUUCCAGCAGUCAAUAAGAAUGUGAUGAGGGACUGCCUAGUCCACAAGACUGUACCAGCUAUUAAGGCCAAGUGGCCAGAUUGGGCAAGCAAAGAAAUUUUCAUCCAGCAAGACAAUGCCACACCCCACAUAAAUAGUGUGGAUCCUGAAUUUGAGGAUGUAGCAAAUUCAGAUGGAUUUAAAAUCCAACUGAUUUGUCAACCAGCCAAUUCACCUGACACCAACAUACUAGACCUUGGCUUUUUCCGGGCUAUUCAAACACUGCAGCAUGAGAAACCAUGCUCUACUGUUAAUGAAUUGUUGGGAAAUGUGUAUAGCUCUUAUGAAGAGCUAUCACCACAGACCCUAAACAAGGUUUUCCUCUCAUUGCAAGCUUGCCUUACUCAAAUUCUGAUAUUCAGGGGUGGGAACAACUACAAAGUCCCUCACAUUAACAAAGACAGGUUGGAAAGAACAGAGGGGCUGCCUAAUGCAUUGGAUGUGGAUGAGAAGCUUGUGAGAGAUGUGCUGGAGUACUUACAGCUACCAGAGAACAAUGCAGGUGGUGCAUAUGACAUUGGACCUUUGUCUACUGCUUUUGGGUUCUAAAUAGAUAGGGGGAUGCAAUGAUGUGUUUUGGAAAUCAGGCCUUAUAUUUUUGGGUAGUAGGUGCUGAUUUUUUUGUG